AUUGGUUGGUGGCCAAAGGUUUUAUAUUCAUUUGGCAAACAAUUGAGUCGCGUUCAUGCGCAAAACCGGUUUGCGUUUACAUUCACUUAUAAUGCCUCAAUAGCUCUUUACACACCAAACGACCUUAUGUGCGACAAUGUUAUCUUACACUUUACCUGCUCUUAUGACUAUUUUCGCAAUUGUCCUAUAUUUGUUUUAUGUUGCUCCAGUCCCACCCACUCAGGAAAUUCAGAAAGUUAAGCUAAAAUCCAUGACAACUAAUAGCUUCUAUGCUGCUGUGGUUGAAUUCUCUCCUAAAGGCGCGCUUCACAAUAUUACCCAUAAUGCAGUUGAAGAAAAUUUAAGAGAGUACCAGAAGUUCACUGAGCAGGCAAAGAGUCUGGGCGCUGAUAUCAUAGUGUUUCCUGAAUAUGGUUUGACCACCAUUGAACCGUACAAUAAGCACAGUUUAGCUUUGGAGUUGAGCCAGUUUGUCCCUGACCCAGAUGGAUUAAAAAUCUCUCCGUGUGAUUUGGAAACCAAUGAACUUGACCUCAGAGUUGUGCAUAAAUUGUCUUGCUUGGCCAAGCAGAAUCGAAUUUAUUUAGUAGCGAAUUUGAUCCAAAAAGUUAUAGACAAAUCAGAAAUGUUGCUGUUUAACACAAAUGUCGUAUUUGACAGAAACGGAAAAGUAAUUGCAAGGUAUAGAAAGUUCCACUUAUUCGGUGAAAUAGCUUUGAAUCAUACUGAUAUCCCAGACAUCACAACUUUUAUCACCGACUUUGGAGUGACCUUUGGCGUUAUCACUUGUUUUGACUUGAUGUUUCGCUCUCCGACUGUGGAUUUAGUUCGCAAGUUCAAUGUUGAUGCUGUUGUGUUUCCAACAGCAUGGUUCUCAGAGUUGCCGUUUUUAACUGCCAGCCAGGCCCAAGCCGCGUGGGCUGCCGGCAUGAAAGUCAGCCUUCUAGCCUCCGGAAUAAACAACCCAAAAGACGGCAGCACAGGAACUGGAGUAUACCAACCCGGUGCUUUUCACACAGUUAUGCUGUCAUCAAGUGGGAGCAAACUUUUGGUGUCGAAAGUUGGAGGCAGUCAAGAGCAGAGUUCAGUAGAGACCAGCUGUGGCUUUAAAACGCUCUCAGAAAACCUAACUAGUUAUAGCAUAGCUGCUCUCUCACUAGCUGGAGGGCAACCACGAAGUGAAACACUUUGUAACUCGGGAUUCUGUUGUCAUGUUCACUUUCAAUUGGAACUUGGCGUGGAAAAGUCUGAUGAUGUGCGUUACAGCAUGCUGGUGUUAAGUGACGAACGGCUUCACGCUGGUCAAUAUAAAAGUAAAAUGCAAGUUUGCGCUAUUGUAGCAUGCUCUGGUCCUGAGAAACAUAACUGCGCAGAUGAUUUUAGCAAGUCCACAUUUUCUAAGAGAGUGACAUUCAAAUAUUUGACUAUAGAAGCGAAAUUCUCAAAUGAUCAGGUCUUGCCAAACACGUUAAGUGCUCUCAAUUGUGGGCCAUUAAAACCUGCAUAUUAUUAUUUUACUCGAGAUAUUGGAAAUCAUUAUUCUUUGAAGUAUAUUGGUAAUGAAACAGGUCUUCACACUUUUGGGUUGUAUAGCCACGGCUUUUGAUGUUGCACCUAUUUUUAUGAAUUUUGUAAGUAUAACAUUUCUUUUGCAUUGUAUUGUAGAUAAAAUCAAGACUUUUAUUUAUACUCGUUGAAUUUAAGUUUCAAAUAACUCGUUAGUUAGUGCGACACAAUUCAUGUAUUUGGUGCGCCCUAUUUCAUAACCAAAGCCACUCAAAGUCUGCUCCAAUAAAAAAUACCAUAUAUAUAAAUAAA